CUUCUCACUUGUCCGGACACGUGAGCAUCGGAGGAGAAGGUUAUUUCUCGCCAAGUAUAAUUUCUAAAUGAUCCAUAGGGUUUGAAUGAGGAUGCUUCUGCUUCUUUGGUCCGGACUCGCAUCCCAUGGUGCAAAGUGAAACGGGAGUCCUAGCCUGCCGAACGAAGCUGUCAACAGAAAGCCUACACCACCAGCAGUUCUUGCAUCCAUCAUCAGCCAAACAUUCAGAAGUGCUGCUUCCAGAUGUCUCUACUAGAAGAUAUAUUUGAUCUGUUGCAAAAUGUCCUUGACUAUUUCGGAGUCUCUCCUGACAUGCUGGUUCCAGUGUGGGAGAGCCAGUUGUGUGGUCAGUACCGGAGCCUGGUGCGGAUGAUCGGGACCAACCUCCCAUUGACCCCGUCUCCACGUAUCCACUUCCAGAUUCCUCUACACACCUCCCGACAGCACAGGUACCUGGACGUCACCAUGGAUACCCGCCCCGCUAUCCCCUCCUUGGCUGACGUGCUGUGGGUGGCGGAGGAUGAGGGAGACAGCUUCACCAAGAUCAGGCACCGUGAGCGUCCGUGUCGGCAGGGUGCUGCGAGUCGGGGAGAUGAGGUGGUGCUGACCCCUCCUCCACCUCCAGGGGUCCCAGGGUUGGCAGCGCUCCGAGCCCAGCCAAGAGACAUGAUGCUGGGGAACAGAUCGGACCCAGUGGCCCUCCGGAAGAUCACAGCCCUGGAGGAUGAGCUGCUCAAACUACGAGCACAGAUUGCCAUGAUUGUCACCGCGCCACCCUCAGGUCCAGCCCAUUCACAGAAUCUUCCGGGUACCCCUGGAAUGUCCCCUGCCUCUGUCCUCACCUCCACUCCUCGCUGCCCUCCUCCUCCCUGCCCUCCUCCUCCACCUCCUCCCUGCCCUCCUCCUCCCAGCUCAUCUGUAGGGCUGUCUGCGGUGGAGAAUCUAAUCCAGCAGGGCAGGGAGGCCGGUCAGGGUCAGGCCCAGGGGAAGAGCCAUGAGGCUGGGCAGGUUGGACUACUACAGUCCCAGGAUAAGGCGGUAGGACAAGGCCCGGUCCCCACCAUGCUGGAUGUACUGAAUGACCUGAAGCAGGUCAAACUACGCUCCGUGCAGAGGUCGCCCGGGGGAACGCCGGUGCAGAGGAGGCGGAGCAAGGGCACGGCGUUGCUAAGCGACCCGGCUUCCAUGAUUGCCGAGGCCCUGAGGAGGAAGUUCGCCCACCAUCGCCUCAAUGACUCGUACGACAAAGAGAACCGCUCGGCAGAACUCUCGCCGUUCGGCAGCCCCGAUACAUCGCCCUGUAUCCCCCAGCAUUCCAAGCGCAGCCAGGGACGACUCCACCUGUGACCUCUGACCUCCCAAGGUCAACUAAACCAGCGGCCUAUCACUUCGCCACCUGAAACACCGAUGCCUCCCGCCGACUACUAUGGCAACUGCUGACUGAGGGUGCAUCCCAAUAAUACCUCCUUUCUCUUGAAGUGUACACUUGUUCACUACUUCAGAUUAGGGAAGUGAACAAGUGUACACUUUGGGAGGAAGAAGAGAUAAUUGGGAUAUAGCCGAGGUCUGUUUGUUUUGUUGCCUUAAAAAAAAACAUGUUUUUGAAGAGCUUCUCUUGUCCAUCUUUCAACAUGUGCUAUGAUGCGUCCAUCAGGUAUUGUUUAUAUAAGGGACGAUCGAUAUUGAGAGUAAUUUAUUUUCAUGCAGUCAUUUCAAUUGUAUAUAUUUUUGCUGUAAAUACACUAUAUAACCAAAAGUAUGUGGACACCUUAUUGAACAUCUCAUUACUAAA